GAACAAACGAAAGAACGAGGAGACAGAACGAACGAACGAACGAACAGUACAGACAGGCAGGAUGGACUUCGAGGAUGAGGACGAAGAAUUCUUCAACGACCCAGAACUACACGCACAACUAGAUCAAGUAGAAAACCAAUUCAUAAUCACUCAAACUCAACAACAACAACAACAAACACAAGAAGAACCACCAGCCAAAAGACCAAAACUACAGAAACAGUCAACCAAAAAACAAGACGAAGAACAACAUCAACAAGAACUAAGCAGAGUCAAGAAACAGAUCGAACAGAUCAGAAUAGCACUCAACGAAUCAGAGAGAGAGAAACAGAGACUCCAAGGACAAGUCUCGAUCAUCAAAUCACAACUAGAGACCAGCAAGACAACGAGCACUCAACAGCUCACUGAACUCAAGAGACUAGAGCAACAGCUCAAGACACGAGCCGAAAGGGCCGAACAACAACUAGCCAGGAUCGAAUCACAGAGGAACCUCAAGGAGACAUUCAAAGGACUCGAAGAAUCUGCCAAGAAACAACAGCAACAACAGCCAUCAUCCUCUGCCUCAACAUCACUCCUUCGAAAAACCCUACUCACAACAACAGCAACCACCACCACCACCACGACACCUACAAAAAACAAUCGCAAGUUGGUCGCCUUACAACAGUCAUUCACUCCCCAGCAUGCCCCCUCGUCUAGCUUCAACCAAAACGACCAAUCCACCCAGCCGCCUCAAAACUCGCCCGCCCGUCCUCAUCCUCGGCCUUCGAUCUCCUUCCUCGAACCUCCCCCUCCUUCUGCCUCUCCCUUCUCUACCUCUCAACAACAAAACCCCUCUCCUUCGUCGCCUCAAAGCUCUUCUCCACCUCCUGGAUCGGCCGGUCCACCAGCUAAUCAUCCCUACGAACUCAUCCAUACAGUGAUCGUCCGACUUUUCCAAAGCUUUAUGGUGACCCUAAUCGAAGAAGACUCUUCGACCAAGAAGAGUGGAGGAAAAGAGACCAAAGGAGAAGGAGGGGGUCGAAGCGGGAUGACGAUUGGAGCGACGCUGCAGACGAUCCUGAAUGCCUCCAACCAACUCGAACAGGCUUCUCAACCGGGUCUCAAAGCUACCUUUGACGGUCUGGUCAUGGAGCUCUUUGGGAUCCUUGCUAACGCCUCCGAUCCGGAUACCUUCCAAAUCCCCCCUCCGUCGUGUUCUUCUUCUUCUACUGCUAGACCCAGCCAGACUUUGCUCUCCUUGCUUUCCGCUCCGUCGAUAUCCAACACUCAUCUUCUCGCCGCCGAUGAUCAUGAUGAGGACGCUCGUGUCGUUGGCUUCGUCGUCCGCAUCGGCUCGCUCUUCGUCCAGAUAUGUGCGCUCUUAAGUCGCACCGAUCUAAUCGAAGCGCAAACAGAGGCCAUCCAUAUCCUGACGAUUCUAGUCCAAGUGUCGCCGCUCUUUGUCUCGUUAUUCCUAUCGCAUCCGGACUUCGACGCCCGCCGAACGCCUUCUUCCCAUCCGAUCUUCCCACCCCCCCAUCAUCCUCCUCCUCCUCCUCAAGGAGAAGAAGAGGGAGAUCUAUUGGUGGUGAUCCUGACGCUUUUCGAGAACCUCGAUCGGAUCCGAAACCGACAUUUCAAAAGCUCGACGCCUCCUUCUUCUUCGACUGCCGAUGAUUCUAUCUCUCUCACUCUGCCCUUCCCUCCGCCGCCUUCUUCUUCGGCUCCUGUGAACCUUAACCACACGGUUUCGUCGCCUUCUGUUGAUCUUCAUUCUCUGUUCUGUCGUCGGUUACAUACCGCUCUUUUGGAUCUUCUUGCUGCUCUUGUUUGGGACCCUCCUGAGGCUUGUUAUCUUAUUUUAGAAAAGUUUCUCAAGUCGAAUGGACAAUCGAUCUUUCCAUACCUUUUAGUGAUUCCAUAUUACCAUAAUCAGCAGCAGACUACUGGGACCUCAAAACAGCUACAAAAUGAUGACGAAGAAGAUGAUGAUGGUCUGAUCCUGACCGAAAAAUCGAUCGAUGUCUUGUUCUCCUUAGCCUCCAGAGUCGAGUUUAGUAAACUUAUCUUAGAGGCUCGGGUCCAAGAAUCUAUCGAUCCUGCGCCUUCUCAGCCGAACCCGACCAACUCGACACCCAAUGUUCGUAACCAACAGCGAGCCAAGCCGGGGAAUGUCGGCUCGAAGACGAAUGGGAACCCACGACCCACAGUGCCGGUUCGGACGCCAGUUGAAGGCCGUCAAACGGAAGCAGAGAAGACGGAAGAGAGUAGUUCAUCGACGGUAGUCGAUCGGAUCAUGAAGCUCUAUCUGGUCACCGCGACCAACCAAGAGUCUGACAGUCGUGGAAAUCGGAAGAUCGCCGAGGAUCCAGAUCGACACUCACUCAAGCUUAAGAUCCUCUCCCUCCUCCAUCUCCUCGCUAUCACCCAUCGUCCCAAUCCUCUCCAUCUCCCUCCUAGUGAGGAACGCGCUGCGCACGAAUGGGACGGCUGGCAGGCCCUCGCCUCCGCUGGCUCGUCUCUCUUCUCCUCCCUCAUCAAAACCGUCUUCGUAGACGCUUAUCGGCUCUGGAACCUCGACGGAACGGUCUAUCAUCGGUUACUCGUUCCCAGGUUGAUCGAGCGGAUCGAGCUGUCCGUCCAGAUCCUCCACAAGACUCUCUACCCGCAAUCCUCCUCGUCUUCAACUAAUACGAAAGCGAAUGCGGCCACAACACGGACGCCGAUGUGUCUAGUCAGUCGACUGAAGCAAGAGUCGCCCCACUUUGCAGCCACCCUCUCUUCGCUUUCCACACCUCGACCCAAUCCCAUCAUCAUCAUCUUCUUCUUCUUCUUCUGUGUAUUUCAGACCGAUCGUCCCGAUGAUCAUCGGCACUCAUAAUAACAUCUACCAUGAGUUUAUCGUCUGUUUCUCCAAACUUAGUUGGCUCGAUUAUCUUAAUCCAUUCUCGACGUCUACUUCCAAUCCAAAUCAACCAAAUCAGAAUCCGAAUCAGAAUGAGGAUCCUGGGGACGAUCGGAUCGAGAUGGUGGCCGCUUUUCCAUUUCCCUGGGACCCCCCUCUGCGCCAUUUCGGACACGUCUUUAAUCGGCAUUUGGAUAAGCAUCUUUUCUUCAAACUCGAUCUGAUUGCUGAUUUGGCGUAUGAUAUUCUUUCGUCAGUGGCGUCUCCUGAUGAGUUAGAAGAAUGGAGACAAUGCUCGAUCGAUGAUGAUAGUGGAUCCGAUGAUGAUGAGCUUGAUGAGGACUGAGAUCUGAUCAUUUAUCUUUCUUUCUUUUUUCUUCUUCUUCUUCUUCUGAUUUUCCCUUUCGGGGUUUUUCUUAUCGUUUCUACCCUCCUCCUCACAUGGACUUAUCUUGAUCCUUUUUAUAUAUUUAUGUGUAUUUUG